GCGUUGCGGUGAGGAGAGUAUCAUUUUUGAUGCCUGGGCCGCGGUGGAAGUGUGCGAGGCUUGCGGCCAUGUGGCACAAGAGAGCAUACUCACACAGGAGAUUAUGUUCGAUGCGGAUAAUCGCCAGCUUGGCGUAGGGGUCAAACUCGGCGACACGGGGGCUCGCGCAGCCAGAAGCGCCUUUUUCAAUCAGCGAGCUGGCGGAAGAAAUGUGGCCCGCGCGUUGACUGAUAGGUCGACCCUGCACAAGGAUACGGUGACAAGGAGAUUGAGAGACGUCGCGGCGGCAAUACGUCUGCCAAGUAGUGUAGCCGACGAUUCGUUGGCGCUCCUGGACCGAUGUAUCGAGGAGGACGAUUGGGGGUCUGGGAGGUGGUCGGAGAUUCUCUCAGCUGCGUGCAUGUACAUUGCCAUUCGCCAAGCCAAUCUCGCGAUCACGGUCCUCGAAGUUGCGGAUUCUUUCCAUUGCGAUGUCACACAGCUUGGACGGAUGUAUUACCGUGUGCUUGCGGCACUGGAUAUUCAAGUGCCAGAUGUCAAUCCAGUGGCAUUCUUGGAGCGCGCGGUUUCCAAUCUGCCAUCCUUUCAGAUUGCAAUCCGGCCCGAGGAUCAACACAAAACCGCCUUUCAGACCAGGUACGGUCUGUACGAGUUUGUGGUGAUGCCUUUCGGCCUUUGCAAUCGGAUAUUCCAUGACUACUUGGAUAAGUUUGUCAUCGUGUACCUCGAUGACAUACUUAUUUUUAGUAAGACUGUUGAGGAGCAUGUUGCACAUCUGGACAAAGUCCUUAGUCUUUUGCGACAACACAAGUUCAAGAUCAACGGUGAGAAGUGCGAGUUUGGCCGCACCCGUGUCUUGUACUUGGGUCAUGAGAUCUCCGCGGAAGGUUUGAAGCCCGAUGAUGCGAAGGUGGCCAGCAUUCGUGAUUGGCCACGUCCUCAGUCUGUGACAGAGAUGAGAUCUUUCUUAGGAAUGACAGGCUACUACAGAACUUUUGUAAAGAACUAUAGCAUAGUGGCCGCUCCUUUGACUGAUCUGACCCGCCUUGACACCCCGUGGGAGUGGACAGAUGAGUGCGAGGCUGCUUUCAGACAUCUAAAGCAUGCGUUGACGCACUACGAGGUCUUGAAACUUCCUGAUCCUGACAAACCGUUUAUAGUCACCACGGAUGCCAUCCAAUAUGGCAUUAGCGCCGUGCUCGCGCAGCAGGAGGGGCCAAAGUUGAGGCCAGUCGAGUACAUGUCGAAAAAGAUGCCAUCUCAGAAGUUGGCAAAGUCCACCUACGAGAAGGAACUCUACUCAGUGACUGAUCAUCAGACCCUGAGAUGGAUGAGACCUCAGCCCGUACUAUCUGACGCUCUGAAGCGUUGGAUCGAAGUCAUUGAGCAAUAUGACUUCGACCUCCAUUAUCUCAAAGGGGAGUACAAUAAGGUGGCUGAUGCCUUGUCGCGUAGACCCGACUUUUCAGGUGCGCUGAUUACUGAGUUUGAUCUCACAGACGAUGUUACUCACUCUUUGGUGGAUGCCUAUCGCGAGGAUCAGUUCAUGUCUGAGAACAUACGCAGACUCCAGGCAAAGGACAAGAAGACCUCUGCUGAGUUUGAGUUGGUCAAUGGCUUGCUGUUCCUUGAGAAGGACGGGAAUAAGCGAUUGUGUGUCCCAAGUAGCGAGUCUUUGCGUAGUUUGUUUUUAGGCGAGUGUCAUGAUGCCACUGGCCAUUUUGGGUAUAAAAAGACUGCAGCCAACCUGCUGCAGCGGUUCUGGUGGCCCACGAUGAUGCGGGAUGCCCAGCUGUAUGUGGAGACUUGUCAAGUUUGUCAACGGGACAAGCCACAUACUCAGGCCCCUCUUGGGCUUCUGAAGCCCCUUCCGAUUCCGGAACGGCCUGGUGAGAGUCUGUCCAUGGAUUUCAUGGAUACUCUAAUCACCAGCAAGAGUGGGAUGCGUCACAUCUUUGUCAUCGUGGAUAGAUUUAGUAAGUAUGCUAGGUUAAUAGCCAUGCCGGAAACAGCAAAGACGGAGUACGUGAUUAGAAUAUUUAAAGAGAACUGGGUCAGGGACUUUGGUCUACCGAAGUCUAUUGUUAGUGACAGAGAUGUCCGGUUCACCAGUGAGUUGUGGAAGGCCGCUGUUGCAGAACAGGGAACUCAGUUGCAGAUGACUUUUGGGAAUCACCCAGAGGCCAACGGUCAGGCUGAGCAACUGAACCGCGUUGUGCAACACCUGUUGAGGCAUUACAUCAAGCCCAACCAGCGAAAGGUGCAAGCUUUGAGGCGUGAAACACAGGGUGCCAACUGUGGUGUAGCUCCAGAUGGUGGACUAGAAGAAUUAGAAGCAACAUUUGUGUUGCUCGGGAUGUGGUCUCGAUAUGAGGCGCUCUUGGGCGAGGUUAGGCGUCCUCUGCGGUUAGUGUUCCGAUGCGGGCCCGUUGAUGUGGCGGUGUUCUUUGUCCCGAUUCAGCCGGCCCUGGAUGUGGUCUCGAUAUGGGGCGCGAUGCUCUGGGGUGAGACUCGUGAGCUAUUAAUGCUCCGCGAGUUGUUUUGUAGCAUUUUGGAAAACCGUGUACCGGUUGGUGAGACCAGAACAAUUGCUGUUUUACGUGAUCAGAUCCGAUCACUGUCUGUCCGCAAUGCUGACUUGGAAAGUAGAAGGACAGAGCUCACUGUUGCACUGGCUUUGCGCAUUGACAGACGCCCUGUCCGGGUGCCAAAGCCAUUGCCCUAUUGUCCCCCGGACAUCCUUCUCCAUCAUGCUGCGGCUGAUGGACGGGUCAUGGCCAUGUAUAUGAGGGAUAGGCCGAGGGUGAUACAGAGUGCCACGGAAGUCGGCAUAUUGCUUACUGUCGAGGCUGAUUGGAUCGAUAUGUUAGGGUUGGAUCCUGACUCUCCAGCUUCGGUUCCUGAACACUCUGACAGUUGUUUCGAGCCUCCCUCGUACGAUGAACUCGAGGAUGAGAUCAGGGAUCGUCUCGAUUUCCGAGCUGCACGUUGGAGAAUUAGAAGAUUGUUGUUCAUCUCCGAUAUGAGGGGUGAUCUUGCACCCAUUGUGUACCCACUGUUCGUAUUGCCGAACAAUGACGUGUUACAGGGCUUUGACCGUUUUGUCCAGGCUGAGGUGCAAGCGGCGCUGAAGUUCGCUGUCACUGAGCCUCAGGCUUUGUCUACAAUCGAGGUGCUCUACGGUCUGUUGAUCGCUGCGAGGAGAGAGUUUGCGGAAUUCAUUAUUGCCACCUCCGUCCAGCAAACAGUUGCCGCUACGUAUGACAUAACUGUUCAGCAGCCUUUUGAUCUUCAGAGGUUGAGGUUCACCUGCUGGCUGCUGCGGACGGGGAUGCGAGACACCCUGUCAAUGCCAUUGUGCGUGAGAUGUGCGUCUUCCUCCGCAGUUGGGCCGAGUGUUCCCCCGGAACCAUUCGAGAAGGCCAAUGAUGCGCCACGGGAGGAUGAUAUGGUCAUCAGUCAGCUGCAGAUUGCAGAGGUUGACACGAUUCGUCAUCAUCUGCUCGACAGUGCAUCCCUUCUAAGGGAGCUUCUGCACGAUGACAAAGAGUACGGCGCAGACAUGAGAACUGCUGCAAACAACUACAUGCCUUCCCAAAUCCGUCAGGUCUGUGCCAUGCUUUUCGCAUAUGGUCCCCUUGCUGAUCCUAUGUCUCUCUUUUUUAAGUAUCGGGAACCUAUGUCUGAAGACUAUGUGAGAAGACUCCCUAAUUUCACACUCUCUCCUGCUGUCUUUCAAGCACUUGCACUUCUUGACAUAGAUGCUGAGCUCGUGGAUAUGAAAACAGACAUGUCCACUGUUGGUUUGUCCUUCCCAGACAUGCACGCUUUGCAGUGUGCUAAACAGCUCCGGAGUCGCCUCCUGUUCCAGGGGCUGCCAGAACUGAUCCAAGAAGAGUCGGCGUAUGACAGGGACCAACUCAACCAUGUCUGGGAAACCAAUGUACCUAUGUUGCACCCCUCCCAGCGGGUGCUCGUGCAGGGGGUUGUUGAUGCUGUCCUCAAAAGGACUCCUCUUUGUGUUUUCGUUGACGCACCUGUUGGCACGGGUAAAACAUUUUGUAUUAACACGAUUCUUUCCGGUGUUCGCCGUCAUGAGGGCUGCAUUGCUCUUGCAGUCGCUUCAAGUGGUAUUGCGUCGCUGCUCUUGCCUGGAGGCCGAACAUUUCACUCCAGAUUCCGUGCGCCGUUGACACCCGAUGAUAAAAAACCAUUCGCAAUUCCAAAGCAAAGCGAAUUGGCAACUCUUAUUAGGCGAGCACAACUUAUAGUGUGGGACGAGGCACCCAUGACACAUAGAUUUCAUUUGGAGGCCCUAGACAUUACAUUGCGUGAUCUGUGCGACUCUGACCUCCCUUUCGGGGGCAAGGUUGUCCUCUUGGCAGGUGAUUUCAGGCAGGUCCUCCCUGUUGUCAAACGUGGUAGUCGCGCUCAACAAAUCAAUGCUUGCAUUAAGUCGUCCCACCUUUGGCAGUACUUCCAUAAUCACAAACUCGACGAGAACAUGAAAGUCCUCCGUCGUGGCAAUGACGUGGUGGCAUUCGCUGAUUUCCUUCUUCGGUUAGGUAAUGGGCAACACGACGUGGUUGACCCGAGUGAUCCUGAGAUUAUUGAGCUCCCGCGGGAGAUCUGUACAGAUGCACCUGUGGUGGAUCUCAUUCGCUGGACUUUCCCAGAUUUACGUACCAAACCUGCACGGGACCCUUGCUCCAUCCUUGACAACGCGGAGCACGAGGAGAAUCUCUACCGUCAUUACAUAGCUGAUCGAGAAUCCAAGCUUGCGAGCCCGCUGAGUCGAGGGUUCCAGGAGGGAGAUCCAAGAGUUGAACGGGUCCGUGACCAGAUCGAGGAAGCCCAGUUGAAACGUCAACGAUGUGACGGCAAGGUCAAUCGAAUGCGAGCAAUAAUUGCUUCUGGGGACAUUGAUGAGGAUGCUGAUUACCGAAGUGAAGAAGAAAUACUGAGGGAUGGCGACACCGACACAUCUUCCAUUGCGGAGGAGGACAUCGUGACAGACUACGAUGUUAGUGAUAUCGAGGCGGAGGAGGACUUUGACCACAGGUGUUCCGAUGAUGACAAAAGCGACACCACCGACUCCAGCAAUGACAGCGCUUAGACCUGCGCCGACUCGUCAUGACCCGGGGAGUAUACUCCUCGCCUGGUUAUCAAUUCAGAUGUUCAACUGACAUUUGUGUUGUCUUUCAUUUGAACAAGUAUGUCAAUUGCCUGCUAUGCUUCUCCAGCGGAUUCACGGGUAUCCUUCCUCAAACAAACGUGGCCUCCGGGU